AUGUCUACCGCCCAGCUUGCUGUCUCCUACGCUGCUCUCAUCCUUGCCGAUGAGGGUAUUGAGAUCACCGCCGACAAGCUCCAGACCAUCCUGUCUGCUUCCAAGAUCGAGGAGGUCGAGCCCAUCUGGGCCACCAUCUACGCCAAGGCUCUUGAGGGCAAGGACAUCAAGGACCUCCUGACCAACGUUGGUUCCGGUGGUCCCGCCGCUGCCUCCUCCGGUGCCGCUGCCGGUGGCGCUGCCGCCCCCGCCGAGGCCGUCGCUGAGGAGAAGGAGGAGGAGAAGGAGGAGUCCGACGACGACAUGGGAUUCGGACUAUUCGACUAA